AUGAACCAACCAGGCACAAACCUACCCAUCAGGAAACAACCAGGGUUGAAACAAUCAGGCAUGAUCCAAUCAGACAUGAAUUCUUUCCGAGUGAGACCUGCGGAGGCUCGGGACUGCCCUGAAAUCUUGCGCUUGAUUAAAGAAUUGGCUGCUUGUGAAAACAUGCCAGAUGCAGUGAAGUUAACAACGGAUUUACUCAGGGAUGGCUUUGGGGACAACCCUCUUUUCUACUGCCUGAUUGCAGAAGUACACAAUCAACAUAAACCAUUAGGCAUAGUGACCGUUGGAUUGGCCAUGUACUACUUUACAUAUGACCCCUGGAUUGGCAAGUUACUUUACCUAGAGGACUUUUAUGUCAUACAAGCUUACCGAAGUCUAGGUAUUGGAGCAGAAAUGCUAAAGAGGCUAAGUCAGAUAGCCAUCAGAAGCCAAUGUAACUGCAUGCACUUUCUUGUCGUCAUUUGGAACCAGGCUUCUAUCGACUACUACACUCGUCGAGGGGCUUUAGACCUUUCCUCUGAGGAGGGCUGGCAUUUGUUCAGGUUUGACAGAGAAGAACUCAUGGACAUGGCUGGGGAAGAGUGA